GUCCCAUUGUGUUCUGUUUAAAUCGCCUCGCCGAUAGUUUCCCACCGAGUCCGCUUUGUUUUGUUUUUCCCCCGCGUUAGUUUAUUUGGUUUUUCGUUAUUCACUUUUUGCUUUUCGCUUUUCGCGUUCCUUUGGUUUGCGUUGUUUUAUGUGGUAUUUUUUUCCCCCCCACCUACGCUGCGCAGGCGAUUUUCUGCGCCAUCAAGCUGUUGCGUAGCUACUCUGCAGCGUAAUUAAGCUGCGAGUGGCACCCCACUACGCCGUUUUGCUCCCCGUUUGUUUUAUCGCCAGCCUGCUCGCCGCCCCCCUCUGAUGGCGCGAUUUUACCAUAUUUUAUUGUAUUUUACUAUAUUUUAUUAUAUUUUAUUUUAUCCUUUCUUAUCUUUCCAUCCACCCCCCACUAAUUAACUGCCAAUCGAAACCUAUCCCCUUGCCGAAUGCAUAUAAUUAACGUCCCCCGAAAAGGAUAAGCCAAAAAGGCAUAAUUCGCUAAUUGUUACUCUCCUUGAACGCAUAUGUGCACACCCCUCUCAUGUCUACAGUGCUGUACAUGCGUUUAAAAAAAUUAAAUGAACUGCUCAGCGCGCAGCACGUGUUUUUGUGCCCUUCCCCAUUUCGAGGUUGUAAGUGUAUGCACAUGUGCCAGCUCGGCUUUGUUAUAUGCGUACUGAUAUGUUGUGAUUAAUUUUUUAGUGACCCCCGUGAGCCGCAAAAUUUGUCUCUUCACCAUCUUAUGCGUCAUUUGUGUGGCAGCCCUCGCGAAGCCGUUUGCAAAAAAAUCACAGCUUGCAUAUUCCCGCAGGGUGUUAGCAGCCACGUCAUCCUUCCCGAAUUCGCGCUAUUACGAGGUUUCCUACACACCACCGUCAACUGCAUGCACACAUAUGUACACACGCGUUGUGCGUGCGGAUAGACAGACGGACCGACGUAUUUCAGGCGCACGAAUUAAAGGCUAACAAAAGGUUAACAAAAAACUAACAGAGCAUUAACGGCAAAGUUUUUUUCUUUCCCCCCUUUUUUUUUUUUCUUUUUUUUUUGUUGUAAUGAGAGAAAGAGACACACGAAAAACGACGCGCAGUUGCCAGUGAGCGAAUUCCCAUCACAAAUAGGGAGUGAUAAAAGCUGCCAAAAAAAAAAAAAAAAAAAAAUCCAUGCGAAAUGUUCUUGCGCGAAUUCGUCCCAAUUGCGCAUGCAAAUUUUUUGUGCCCAGUGCUCACUAGCGCAUUUACGCGAAGAGCCCAGUUAACAAAACUGCGAAAAUUGAGUAAGCCAAAGUUACGCUAACGCGUACAGAGACAAGUCGAGCGAGGGAGAAGAAGCGCGCGCAGGAGUCGCGGCGAGUGGACGUCCCCCCCUGCGAGGUGUUCCGAUCGGACAAAGGAGAGGAGAAGCAAAAAAAAGGGGAAAAAAAAAGGAAAUAAAAGGAAAAAAAAAACGGCGAAACGAACAAACAAACGUGACAAACAAAUAACACAACCGAUAACACAACUCGAUAACACCAUCGACAACCCACUCCAACAGCGCCCUCGAAAAAUACCUCGCGCGCUGAACGAUGAGCAACUGCCUUGCGCCCAGUCCAGACUGCCAGCUCAGCGACGCGCUUAACUCGAAAGGCAACCCCACGCGCCCGAACGAGAGCAGCGAAAGAAGCGAAAGAAGCGAAAUUGGCCAAAGCGGCCAAAGUAUCCAAAACAGCCAAAGCAACCGAAACAGCCAAAACGACAACUCAUAUAUGGAAAAAAAAAAAAAGGAAAGGCGGAGCGAAAAGAAGACCCAUUCGCCUGAACAGGUCAGGCAAAAGGGGGAGAAAAAUUAUGAACAGUCAGAAAAAAAAAAAAAAUUGUCAAACGAUGAAGGAGUCCAAGUUUCAACCUGCGAAACGUUCGUUAAUGAAGAUAACUACACAACGUACGAGAAUUUGUCUGUGAAGGAGCUGAGUGACGAGGAAGUCUUUUCGGAGAAUGAAUAUAAUAAGAAAAUUAAGCGAAGUCAGAAUAGCCUACUUAUAAGCAAAGAAUUUUACGAUUUUCUGGUAAGCAACGAUGAUGACCAGGUCAGUGAGAAGUGCACAAAAAAUGACGCGCGGUUUGAAGAGCUCCUUCAGAGUGAGGCGAAUAGUCCGCCCGCUACAUGCUCCACAAAAGUUUCGCACAAUGUAGACGAAUGGAUUAACAAAUUGUUAAAAUGCGAGCUGCUGCACAUCGAGGAAGUCAAGCUCAUGUGCACACUGCUCAGGGACAUCCUGAAGGAGGAGCCCAACUGUGUGCAGGUGAGCGUUCCCGUGACCGUCGCGGGGGACAUCCACGGCCAGUUUUACGACCUCCUGGAGCUGUUCCACAUAGGAGGAUUCCCGCCGGACGUGAACUACCUGUUCCUGGGCGACUACGUCGACAGGGGGUACUACUCGUGCGAGUGCUUCUGCCUGGUGGCCUGCCUGAAGAUAAAGUACCCCAGCAGAGUGACCAUCCUCAGGGGGAACCACGAGAGCAGACAGAUAACCAAGGUAUACGGCUUUUACGAUGAGUGCAUGAGGAAAUACGAUGGAGACUACAACGCCUGGAGGUACAUAACGGACGCCUUCGACUACCUACCCCUCACAGCCAUCAUUAGCAACCAAAUCUUCUGUGACCAUGGGGGAAUCUCUCCCUAUUUGCACACCAUUAAUCAAAUUAACAAUUUGGAUCGAUUUAAAGAAAUCCCUCAGGAUGGCCCCAUUUGUGACUUACUAUGGAGUGACCCUGCUGGUCCUGAGGAUGGUAUCAUCGAAGGGUGGAAAGCAUCUCCUAGGGGUGCUGGUGUUGUGUUUAGCGAAGAGAGAACGAAUGCUUUUCUUCGACUGAAUAAGCUCAGCUGUAUAUGUAGGGCUCACCAACUAGUGCAGGAUGGCUUCUUAUGGAUGCACAACGACAAGGUGGUCACCAUCUUUAGUGCUCCCAAUUAUUGUUAUAGGUGUGGCAAUUCCGCCUCCCUCAUGCUCGUCGAUGAGUACAUGGAGAAGGACUUCGUCACCUUUAACACCGCCCCCCUGCGAGCCAACGCCAAGGCUUUGCGGCGCAACGUGGGCUACAUGCUCUGAGCGCGCCCCCCGGCGGCGUGCACA